AGUUUUGUUACGUGUAGAGAUUGAAAUAUUGUAAACUCUGUGAAAAUUGUGCAAAUUAUUAUAAACAAAUAUCAACAAGCACAAAACUCUCCGCUGCCUGCAAUAAACAAAAAUUCGCAGCGUGCACUCAGCAAAACUGAAAAAAGCUAAAUAAAAAAUCAAAAUAAGUCCAAUAAACUCAGAAAGUGUGUGUGAAGGCAAUUAAUAUUAUAGAUAUAUUAUCAAGACUCUGCAAUCUUUGUGUGGUUUAAUUUCAAUAUUAUUUAGCACAAGAUUUUAGACUUAAGACAACAAUUUAUAAUUGCAAACAAUUCUCUGUGAAGUUGGCAUGUUAAGUGUGUUCGAUGCCAGUGCGGUUAAGUGUCGUCUAUGGCCGAGUCCGUUAAAAGUCAAACGCUCUCUGCAUUGACGGAGGGGCAGCACGACGGUAGUAAAACAACAACAACAACUGCCAUAGCCAAUACGCAACGCCGUUGCAACAAUUAUAACAUUCACAAUAAUAACAACAAUAAAAGCAAUAACAGCAAGAAACGCAAUACAGCGUCAACAGCAACAUCGUCAACAGUAACUGCUGCUGUUGCUGCGCCUUCUGCCACAUCCUUCGCAUGUCGUUCGCGCAGUAAGAGUCGCAGUCUUACGUCAAUUGUAACAGCAGCAACAGCGACAUCAACAACAACCAACAACAGCAAGAUCAACAAGAAAUCCACCGUUACUGAAGUUAAUCGACGCUCCGCAGAAUUUAAUAGCGCUACAUCCACCACCACAUCAUCAAAUAACGGAAACGUCAACGACUUAUCCUUGUCGCCAGGCAGCCGCAAGCGCCAACAUCAGCAACAGCAGAAUAACAACCUCAACUACAUCAAGAGCCACAACCAGCAACAACGUCCAUCUGCGCCCGGCGGGGAUCAGUACGUGGAGCUAAAUUCACCGCUGAAGAAGCGUCGUGUGCAGCAGCAACAGCCACCAGCCACAGCAGCAGUUGCAACUGUCAGCGAAGCCGCCUCGCCGGCUGAAGGAGCAACUGCAUCAGAGGACUCACCAGCGCCGCAGCUUAUUCAGCUGCAACAUACACCACGCCUGACAUCUGGCGGCGAUUGUGUGGCCCAGCGCACACGCUCCAAGACUCUCACGCCCGAGGAUCUGCCAAGCACGAGUAGCGCGGCCGCAGCGCGUCACAGUAGCAGCAACAGCAACUGUCAGCACGUGAUUGGUGUGACGCCACAGCGUGGGGCAGCUGUCCGAGCAGCAGUACGCAGCACAAGCGGGGGCAACAGCAGCAGCGGCAGCAACUUGCUCAACUAUUACCGCAAGACCCGCAAAGUGAGUCACACGCGCGCCAAGCCCUCACAAGCAACAGCAACAGUUGCGCCUGCAGCACAACAGCAACCAGAUCAGGAGGAUUUGCUAGGUAAAUUUCCAGAGACCGCCCACGCACGCCUGCAGGCUAGCAGUUCGGCGGUUAUAGCAGCGGCCGCAGCUAUAGACGCAGCGCGUCAGGACUCCAACAACCACAACAACAAUAACGUCGCUGUCAAGCGACUGGACAAGAAGAACAACAGCAACAACAAGUACAUUAAGUACCGCAAGAAUUUACGCAACUAUCAGCAGCAGCUGCUCGCCAGAAUUGACGCGACAGCGGAUAAAAUUCCGGACGAGAACGAGCACGUGGAGCAUAACGAGAACAUUUGCGGUAACUUGGAGGACCACCAGCAGCGUAGAGAGGCCCAGGAGGAGGUCAGCAACGUAGACGUCAACGAAGAGGAGGACGUCGCUGCAGCCGCUGUUGACGGUGGUGCGAACGGGCUGUUUGAGGCCGCCGGCGGCAACAACUCCGCCGAGGAGGACGAACAGGACCAGGAGGAAGACGAAGAUCAAGACCAAGAGGAGGAAGUGGAAGCCGAGGAGGAGGAAGUGGGUUUCUACGAAAUAGUCAACUCGGCGGAUUCAUCAUACGAAGAGGACGCCCAAAUCGUUGCCGAAGAGGACGAACUCAGCGAAGAGGAGGACGUGGACGACGAGGAAGACGACGAUCUUGAAGAGGAUUUCGACGAAGAAGAAGACGAUCUUUCAGAGGGUGAAUUCGCUGAGCAUAUUAUUGGUGAACUUGGUGGGUCGCAACAACCACGUGCAGCGCCGCCGCCUAUUAUCUAUCAGCAGCCACGUUACGCAGCAGCAACAUUUGUGCCGCCACCAACACAUCAACAACAGCAACAUACGGCCUACGCACAGCAGCAACAUUCUUCAUUGCGCCGCAGUUCACGUAGCAAAACGGGUUCCUGUGUGAGUUCCGCAGCAGCAGCCGGUCAGCAACAGCAGCCACAACAUCAUCUGCAGCAACAUCAAUUGACAGCAGGGGCAGCUGUUGUUGUUGCUCCCGGCACUGCUGCUGCUGCCGCUACACUACAGCAACAACAGCCGCCAAAUCAAUACCAAUACCAUCAGCAGUUGGCCGGCAACACGGUGGUUGUGGCAGUGCGUCAGCAACAGCAGCAGCAGCACGUGGCUUUACAGCAGCAGCAGCAACAACUGCAUCAACAGGCGCUGCAACAGCAACAACACCAACAGCAGCAGCAGCAACGUGCAACAAUUGUCCAGCCUGGUUUUCUCUUCAGCUACCGCAGCAAUCAUAAUCAGCAGCACCAGCAACAUUUGCAGCAACAGCAACAACCGAAAGCAACGCACAGCAGCAGUGCAGCUUCGGAUGCUUUAACAUAUAGUUUGAUGGCACAACAGCAACAACAGCAAGCGCCAAAUGGACCGCCGCAUGCAGGUGGACAGCAACUGACGUCAGGAUCGAACUCGGCCAAUCUCAGCAUUGUAGCAGCCGCUUUGAGCGCCGCACGAGGAGGCGACUCUGCAGUCAACGUUAACGUUAACGUUAGCAGCGCAGUGGGCGCCAACAGCAGUAGUGCUAGCGGCGGCAGCGGCAACGGUGCCUCGGCCAGCGGCAGCAGCAACAAUGUAGCCACAACAACAACAGCCACAGCAGCAGCAGCAACAGGUGCUGCUGCUGCCAGUGCUGCACAAUCAACAGCAACAGCGGCAACAGGAACUGGAUCAUCAGCCACAACAGGCGCUGCUGCUGCUGUAAAUGCUGCUGCUGCUGCCGCGGCCGCUGCUGCCGCAGCAGCUGCCGCAGACUCGGAAAGCGAUGACAGCGAAGUGGGACGUCUCCAAGCCUUGCUCGAGGCACGAGGCCUGCCGCCACAUCUGUUUGGUGCAUUGGGACCCCGGAUGACACACAUCCUGCACCGGACUAUUGGCAACAGCAGCACCUCGAAGGCGAAUCAACUGCUGCAGGGUCUGCAGUCGCAUGAUGAAUCCCAACAGCUGCAGGCGGCCAUCGAGAUGUGUCAAAUGUUGGUCAUGGGCAACGAGGAUACGCUAGCCGGCUUCCCCGUUAAGCAAGUGGUGCCGGCUCUCAUCCAGCUGCUGCGCAUGGAGCACAAUUUCGAUAUCAUGAACAAUGCCUGCCGGGCCUUGGCCUAUAUGCUGGAGGCACUGCCUCGAUCCGCCGGAACUGUAGUGGAGGCAGUGCCUGUGUUUCUCGAGAAGCUGCAGGUCAUCCAGUGCAUGGAUGUGGCCGAACAGAGUCUGACCGCACUGGAGAUACUGUCGCGUCGCCACAACAAGGCCAUUCUACAGGCGAAUGGCAUUAGCGCCUGCCUCACCUACCUGGACUUUUUCUCUAUUGUGGCUCAACGUGCUGCCCUUUCCAUCACCGCCAACUGCUGCCAGAACAUGCAUGCCGAGGAAUUCCACUUCGUCUCCGACAGCUUACCUCAGCUGGCCCGUCUGCUGUCGCAGCAGGACAAGAAGUGUGUGGACAGCGUGUGCACGGCUUUCUGGCGUCUGGUUGAGAGCUUCCCGCACGAUGGGAAACGAUUGCAACAGAUUGCCAGCCCCGAUCUCCUCAAGAAUUGCCAGCAGCUGCUGGUGGUGACGCCGCCCAUACUCAACACGGGCACCUUCACCAAUGUGGUGCGCAUGCUCAGCCUGAUGUGCGCCGCAUGCCCGGAUCUGGCCAUAUCGCUGCUGCGCAAUGAUAUAGCCGCCACCUUGCUCUAUCUGCUUACCGGCAAUGCAGAGCCGGCGGCAGCCAGUGCCAACCAUGUGGAGCUAGUGACACGUCCGCCUCUCGAGCUGCUCGAGUUGACCUGUUUGAUUGGUGAGCUGAUGCCGCGCCUGCCGCUGGAUGGCAUCUUCGCCGUAGAUGCGCUCUUGGAUCGACCUACGCUCAAUACCCAGGAUCAGGUGCAGUGGCAAUGGCGCGACGAUCGAGGCGCCUGGCACAACUAUUCCACGAUUGACUCCCGCCUGAUAGAGGCGGCUCAUCAAAGCAGCGAGGACGAGAUCAGUUUGAGUACUCUGGGACGUACCUAUACGGUAGACUUCCAUGCCAUGCAACAAAUCAACGAGGAUACGGGCACCACAAGGCCCGUUCAACGCAAACUGAACCCCAAUUAUGUGGCUCCGGGUGCAGCAGCAGCCGCCGCAGCUGUUGCAGCUGGACAAGACCUGAGCACAACUGGUGCGGCCACCACAUCCACGGCAGCAGCAGCAGCAGCGGCUGCCAACAACAACAACAACAACAACAACACGAGCAGUAGUAGCAACAGCUCAUCGUCGCACUUGGUGAAGCGUCGCCCCUCGCUGGACGCACGCAUCGCCUGUCUGAAAGAGGAGCGUGGCCUGGCCGCCGAUUUCAUCAAGCACAUCUUCAAUGUGCUGUACGAGGUGUACAGCUCCUCGGCCGGACCCAAUGUGCGCUACAAAUGCCUGCGCGCUUUGCUUCGCAUGGUCUACUAUGCCACGCCGGAACUGCUGAGGCAGGUGCUCAAGUAUCAGCUGGUCUCCAGCCACAUUGCCGGCAUGCUGGGCAGCAAUGAUCUGCGCAUUGUGGUCGGCGCUCUGCAGAUGGCCGAGAUUCUGAUGCGACAGCUGCCGGAUAUCUUCGGCACGCAUUUUCGGCGCGAGGGCGUCAUCUAUCAGUUCACCCAGUUGACCGAUCCCAGCAACCCCAUAUGCGCCAACCCUUCGCCCAAGCCGUUGAGCACCACGGCCACGCCCACGGGCAAUGCGGGCGGAUCCCAGAGUGCUCCCGCCUCGGCGAACAGCCUGCAGGUGAAUCCCUUCUUCAUGGACAACGUGAGCAUAGGAACAGGAUCUGCCUCAACUGGAAGCGGCGGGUCUAGCAGCGCCAAUGCCACACCCAGCAGCUCCAAGCAUCAAUCGUACAGCGUGAAGAGUUUCUCGCAUGCCAUGAACGCGCUCACCGCCAGCGCCAAUACAGUGUCCAAGCAGCAGCAACAGCAGCAUCAGCAAACAUCAACUGCUGCACUGGAUGGCACCGGAGCCAGCUACAACUACAGCAGUUCUGCGCCAUGCUCGUCCACUGGCGUUGCAUCCGUUUCAGCCGCAGCAGCGCCAGCACCAGCUGCUUACUUUGUGGCUGCCACAGCAAACGCCGAUCCACGACAGUAUCUGAAUUUCCAGCAGCCGGCUGCUCCGCUCGAGCUCAAUGCUCAGCACCAACAACAGCAACAAUUGCCGCCCACACAGAUCAUCUAUAGCAAUGCGGGAGGCGCCAGCAGCUACCAGCAGCAGCAGCAGCAACAGUUGCAGCCACCACAGCAGCAGUCUCAGCAUGGGGGUGUGGCAGUUGCCUCCACUAGCGCGGCAGCUGCCAACAGCAACAGCGCCAACAACAACAACAGUAACAGUAGCAGUAACUGCUCCUCGUCGGCGCUGCAGCAUAAGAUGACGGACAUGCUGAAGCGCAAGGCUCCGCCUAAACGCAAAUCACAAAGCAGCGGACGGGCUAAGUCCAGGCAAGAAGAUGCCGCAGCAGCAGCUGUCGCCGCCAAUUCGGCCAGUUCGGCAAUGCACGAGCUGCUCAGCCGGGCAACGAGUCUGGGCAGUAACACAGGUGGUCGCAAUACGCCCAGCACUGGCUCCGGCUCUAAUACCGGCUCUGGCAAUUCGAAGUCUCGCUUUAGCGCGGGCAACACCAAUAAUGGGGGCAACUCCUCUACGAAGUCAUCGUUUCUGUCCUCGCUCAAUCCGGCGCGCUGGGGACGCCAGGCGGCGCACCAUCAGCAGCAGCAACAGCAAUCCUCCGCAGCGCACCACGGACUGUCUAAAGAUGGCAGCAACACCAACAACAGCAGCAGCUCUUCGGCAGGAGGUGCCUGCGGCUCGGCUUCUGGGCUGUCCUAUUCGGGCAGCUCGGCUGGUGGCAGUAUGAACGCCGCCGCCGUUGCUGCCAGCAUUAGCAAGAGCAUCUCUCAUGCCAAUCUGAUGGCGGCCGCCAAUCGGGAACGCGCACGCCAAUGGGUGCGAGAGCAGGCCAUCGACUUCGUCAAACGUUACACGGAACAGGAGGCGAGGCGUAGCAAAGCACGCGAAAGUGAGGGCGGCCACGGUGGAGUGGGAGCAGCAGGUGCCGGCUGCAGUAGCACAGCAGCUGCCACAUCAAGCACAUCACUGGCCAGCACCAGUGUCCUGGAACGUUUGUCGAGUAUUCUGCUAAAGUUGAACGGCAGCUAUCACGUCUGUCUGGAUGCGCUCCUCGAGCUGAAGACCAUAUUGCUGGAGAGCGAUAUCUCGCCAUUUGAAGUGAAUCAUUCUGGUUUGAUCAAAGCCAUGCUCAACUACAUGACCAGCGAAUCAGGUCUGGUGGAGCGCGAUGCUCGCCUGCGCAGCUUUAUGCACGUCUUUGCUGGUCUGCCGCUGGAACCACUUCUACAGAAUGUGGGCCAGCUGCCGGUGAUAGAGCCACUCGCUUUUGGCGCCUUUGUGGCCAAGCUAAAUGGCUGCGUUACACAGCUUGAACAGUUCCCCGUCAAAGUGCACGAUUUCCAAGCCGGACCCGGCGGACGCACCAAUCAGAGCGCGCUACGUUUCUUUAAUACGCAUCAAUUAAAGUGCAAUCUGCAGCGUCAUCCGCAGUGCAGCAAUCUGCGCCAGUGGAAGGGCGGCACCGUAAAGAUCGAUCCUUUAGCCAUGGUGCAGGCCAUCGAACGGUAUUUGGUAGUGCGCGGCUAUGGUGGAAUACGCGCCGAUUCGGAUGAUGACAGCGAAGAGGAUAUGGAUGAUAAUGUGGCUGCUGUAGUGAUGACCCAGUCAGGCUUCAAGCACAAGCUACAAUUCCUCAUCGGGGAGCACGUGUUGCCCUACAAUAUGACCGUUUACCAGGCGGUAAAACAGUUCUCUCCGCUAGUCAACGAGCAGCACGAGACAGACAACGAGUCCGAGAUGCUGUUGGGCAAUAGCAGCAUUUGGGUGCAGCAGCACACCAUCUACUAUCGCCCCGUCGAGGAGGAACUCCCUGGCGGCUCUGGGGCAAACAGCUCCUGCAGUAGUAGUAGCAGCAGUCAAGCCCACAAGCAAAAUCUGGCACACAGCAGCAGCAGCGGCAGCAGCAAUAGCCAUGCCACAUCCAGUGGUACACAUGUGCUUGGUACCUCAUGCUCCACCUCAAGUUCAUCUAAUUCGGCAGCCAGUUCGAGUGCUGGCGGCAAGAAGUCCCAUAAAUCUAGCAGCAAAUUUAUGCGCAAAAAGACCGAACUGUGGCACGAGGGGAUUGCUCCGACAGUGCUGUCACCGUUGAAGCCAUUCCUGAGCAGCUGCCUGCCCAGCGAUGUGGUGACCGUGCAAGAUGCUUCGCUAGAUGCGUUAUGCAUGCUGCGUGUAAUUUAUGCCCUGAAUCGACACUGGGAGCAUCUGUAUGGCUGCGUGGUGCGCCAGAAUAUUAUUGCCAAUACUGAGUUUGUGCAUCCAAAGAUUACGGCCAAGGCGAAUCGCCAGCUGCAGGAUCCGUUGGUCAUCAUGACUGGCAAUCUGCCCCAAUGGUUACCUCAGAUAGGCAUGGCCUGUCCCUUCCUCUUCCCCUUCGAGACGCGUCACUUGCUUUUCUAUGCCACAAGCUUUGAUCGGGAUCGGGCGCUGCAGCGUCUGUUAGACACCACACCGGAUCUGAACUCGGCGGAGUCAUCUGAACGUGUAGCGCCACGUCUAGACAGACGUAAACGAGCCAUCUCACGUGCCGAGCUACUGAAACAGGCCGAGCACAUACUCCAGGACUUUGGCAAUUCCAAGGCCCUGCUGGAGAUUCAAUACGAGAAUGAGGUGGGCACCGGAUUGGGACCCACGCUGGAAUUUUAUGCUCUGGUAUCUGCCGAGCUGCAGCGCACGGAUCUUGGUCUGUGGAAUGGCAGCGACAGCUAUCGCCAUAACUCAUCCAAUAUUGCCGACGUGGUCAAGUCCAGCAAUCCCGUGGUGCACAUCGAAGAUACAGUCGAGUCCAACGGCGAGACGGUAGUGAUGUCCACAGUUGUGGCGACUGCCGCCAACACUCAAACAACGAACGUACAUCUGACCCGCAGCAACAGUCGCAGCAACGCGCUGCGCAAUCAGCAGCAACAGUUGCUGGCGGAGCACAGCUCUUCCAGCUCCAAUGACAACGCUUUAAAUAUGAUCAUUGCACAGCAGUUUAGUGAUAUGGCAACCACUGAAGGUGGCGCCAACAACUCCCCCCAAGUGCUGGAAGAACAGACGAUAACAACAACCACAGCAACCGGAACAGUCACUGCAACAACAACAACUAUUCAAACGGCAUCCACUGUUAGCUACGUCCACGCCGCACAUGGCCUGUUUCCUUUGCCUUUGGGCAAAUCCUCCAAGCUGCCACAGAUGACCAAGGCCAAGUCGAAGUUUAAAUUCCUAGGCAAGUUUAUGGCCAAGGCAGUAAUGGAUAGUCGCAUGCUCGAUUUGCCAUUCUCACUGCCCUUCUAUCGCUGGCUGAUCAACGAGGAGUUAUCGAUUGGCCUGGCCGAUUUGAUGCGGGUUGCGCCCGAGGUGCAAAGUACGUUGGUGCGUCUGCAGGAUGUGGUGCGACAGCGCGAGGAUAUCCAAUUGGAUGCCAAUCUAGAUGCCAUGGAAAAGAAGGAGAAGAUGGAGCAACUUGAUUUGGAUGGCUGUCCCAUUGCGGAUUUGGGACUGGACUUUGUACUGCCCGGACAUGCCAACAUUGAGCUGUGCCGUGGCGGACGUGAUACGCCCGUAACCGUGCACAACUUGCAUCAAUAUAUCUCGCUGGUUACCUACUGGUUCCUCGUCGAAGGCGUGCAGAAACAGUUUGAGGCACUGCGAGAGGGCUUUGAUUCCAUUUUCCCCAUACAACGAUUGCGCAUGUUUUAUCCUGAGGAGCUGGAGUGCGUGUUUUGCGGGUCUGGCAGCGAACAGCAUCAGACCUGGGAUCUCAAAAUGCUGCAGGACAGCUGCCGCACUGAUCAUGGCUUCCAUCAGGAAUCUCAGGCCAUACAAUUUCUGUACGAGAUUCUCGUCUCCUACAAUCGUGAUGAGCAGCGUGCGUUCCUACAAUUUGUCACCGGAUCGCCACGUCUGCCAACGGGCGGCUUUAAGGCGCUGACUCCGCCGCUGACCAUUGUGCGCAAGACCCUGGAUGGGAACCAGAAUCCCAAUGAUUAUCUACCAUCUGUGAUGACCUGUGUCAACUAUCUCAAGUUGCCCGACUACUCCAGUCGUGAUGUGAUGCGACAGAAGCUGAAAGUGGCUGCCAACGAGGGCAGCAUGUCCUUCCACCUGUCUUAAAAAGAAAAUAACAAAAUAGAAACAUGAAGAGCAAAUAUUAACCAAUGGCGUAACAAGAAGCGUUAUACACAUACACCCACACAUGCAUACAUAUGCAAAGUCUAUAUAGUUCUAUUUAUCUUUAGCUGAUUGUAGUAACUGUAAAACACUGCAGCAACCGGAUAGCAGCAACCCAUGCAACAACAACAACAAACAUUCAAACGUUUGCGUAA